AUGGUAAUUGACCGCGUCUCUUCGUGCUUGUGCCUGCACUUUGCCGCCAAGUCCGUUCUCGAAGGUCGGACAUGCUUUGGAGCCAGCGCGGCCCCAUUCGUCGCAGCCAUUCUUCGAAGCCUCAUUGUGUUGGUGGAAAUUGUGGCUCACGUAUCUGUCAUGUUCCUCUCAGAAGUUCUUGGCGUUCACCAAAAGCAGAUGGGGUAUGACUACACCAUCGUGCGGAAAUACUUGAGCGACAAGAGGUACUUGUUCUGGUCCUGCCUCAGCUUCGAGCUGUUUGGGCUCAGCCUGAUCGUCAACGCGACCCCGGUGGUUCUCGUCAGCCUGCCCGGCUUCGUCUUCCGUGCAGCGGCCAACAUCUGCCGGUUAAUAUCCAUUCUGACGAGAAAGGAGUCCAGGAGAUGGACGGAAGAGGAGGACGCCCGGCAAUCGUCUCGAGAGAAGGUGCGACGAGGGUCUUCCGACAGGCUUGGCAACCACCGUGCAGCUAGCCCGGAGGGCGCACAGGUCGUCCGCAGAAAGCGCAGCAACGAGAGCACACAGGCAUCUGCAGAGCAGGAGCCUGCGCAAUGA